GCUGAUUGUAGAGUGCAACAAGUUGGCAGCGCCCUUACUACGCCGGUUUUUCGACAAAAUUGUUUUAUAAGAAAUAACAAAUUAAUGUUUUAACCGCUUGAAAUGUUGCGAAGUCUCGUGCGCAGCUUGGAGACGGCCUUCCAGUUGAAUAGGCCGUUGAAUGCCAACGCAGGCCCGCGUCUCUGCUUCAGACGCUCGCUCUUUUCCCAGAUUGAAAGCCAUGCCGUUCCAAGGAAGUCUCUGUUGACGGGUGCGACGACGGCGCCUGGCGGCAGCGAGACCGACAACGAGUAUGUGCCGUAUCGGCCAGAGCUGGAGACGGGCACCAAGGCCAGCGUCCUGGUUGAAUUGCUGCGGGAACGCUUCCGCUUCUCGGACGCAGAGCUAAAGCGGAUCAUGACCGACGAUGUGGUGUAUCGCAACUACCGCGGACGCUCCCUGGCCUUGACAUUGGACACGCUGCAUGCGGAAGGGGUUAGCAGGCGCAGUUUGGUUGAAUAUCCCUGGAUAAUAGGCCAGGACAGCAAACGCCUGGAGCUAAAGUUGCAGCUGAUCAAGUCAAUGGAUAUCACGGAUAUCAACCAUUUCGUGCCUUUCCUGCGCCUCACUGUGCCACGCCUGCGUAAGCUGGUCAGCGGUCUGAACUCGGAGAGGAGCGCGAUGCCGCAGAGGAACCGCGUCUACUACAUCAGCGACAAGCUGGAAGUCAGUCCCGAUCUCGUGGCCAAAUACCUCUCGAAGCGACUCUUUAUACUGGAGAUGCCGUACGAAAUGUUCGAGAAGAACCUCCAUCACAUGAUUGAGUACAAUGUGUCGCCGAUUAACAUCCUGAAGGAUCUUUGGGCCUUUCGCUACACUCCCAAGGCUGUGCAGUUGCGGCUGGAGCGCGCGAAGCGGGCCAAAAAAGACAAGAUUAUGCCAUGGAUGGUGCGCUGCCCAGAGCCCAUAUUACAGCGUUCGCUGAAGUUGUCCCUGGACGAGCUGCAAGUGCUGGGCAAAUUCUCCUCGGUGGUGGAGUAUGUGGCGCAUCGGCUGGGCUUUACUGUCAGCGAGGCUAAGGGGAUUAUGGACAGGCAUCCGCAGGUGCAUACCGUGCGGGUGACAAAGAUCAAGGAGGUGAUCGACUAUCUGAUUGAUGAGGCCCAAUUUACGAGAUUCGAGGUGGCCCAAGUGCCUCGUGUUCUGUGCCAUAGCCUUAAGACCACCAAGAAACGAAUAGAGGAGCUGAAGUCCCAUGGCUGUCGACCCUCGUCCCUUGUCAUCAUCUGUCGCAGCAAGAGGGAGUAUGAUAAGUUCCUACAGCAUUGGGUAAGCCAUGCCAGAGAUCCAGAAGUUGUUUCUGGGCUGUAAGAUAAAGAGAUGGGUUCUGGAAGUUGAUGGCUCAGUAUGUUGAUGUUAUAUUUAAGUGUUUGCAUUGAAUAAAAUGUAUGCCAGAGAAUUUUCCACCAAG